AUGUGUUUUAGCGUCACCGUUCACCGUGCCCAAGGACCAACGGUUGACCGUACUUGCUUGGACCUCACGGUGGAUCCUUUCGCGCACGGUCAUUUGUACGUCGGUCUUUCCCGAGUGCGUAGGCGAAGGCUCCACACAAUGGUGCGGUGGGCGGUGACAGACACGGGAUGCCCGAACCACGUUAGCUGGGACAUCAACCCCAACUUUGCCGGGGUAUCCGAUAGAAACGCCUCCAUCCUGGCCUACCCGAUGAUGUCCGCGGACAAUGGGACGAAGGACCUGAGCUCUGCCUCGGGCACGAUCUGCAUGAUGCGCAAUGGGGUCUCCCAUGUACAGGACUACUUUGACACGGCCUUCUACCUGGAAGCGGACAGCUUCGACCCUUGUGGGGGGCACGCGACGCCCAACGGGUUCUACCACUACCACGGCACGGCGGUUGCCUGCAGGAACAGGCGGAGGCGGUCAAGGGCGAGCACUCGCCGCUGCUGGGCUGGUCAUACAUGUGCGGAGCCGAAGGGGCGGACGACACGGUCUGCCUCGACGUGUGCUCCGGCUACGAGGCCUUCAUCGACACGGAUGAGUACGCCUACCGCUACUACACGCGACCGCUACAACCACAACAGGUGCAGCGAGAAGGUCGACGCCUGCGGAGAUGACCCGGUGGCCGGCUACACCGCGGACCUCGUCCCCGCCGAGACCGCUUCGCUGGACGAGAUGUACGACGCCCUGCUGAUCGAAGGGCUCGACACCGACAUCAUCGGCAGCAACUUCACGGUCAACUGCACGCUGUACCUCGGUUCUGGCGGGGAUGGUACCGAGGACGAAGACGAUGCUACUUCUGCUACUUCUACUACUGCCGACGAAGGUGCUGUGACGGUCGACGAUGCUACGCACGACGCCGCGACCGCUGUGCUUGACGACGACGUACCAACUACGAGCGACGUCGCUACCAUGAUCGACGCCACCGAUGCUGUGGACGACGACGACACCGAUCCCGACGCUUCUGAGGCCGCUGAAGACGGUAGCAGCGAGUCCCCCCUCGGCGCCGCCAGCCACACCCCCGGAACGGUCUUCAUGGGCGUGAUCACCGCUGCUGCCGCUGCGAUGUUCGUUGGUGCCUAAGGAAGGAGCGCCGACGACACGAACAAAUUCAAAAGUGGUUGGUUUGUUGUGUCCGUGUUGUUGGUUGGUGGAAGAAAGAGAAGAACGGAGGUGGGGCUCCGGUGGCACCCGUGUUGGGGUGCUUUGACCCCUCUCUCUCGGCAGCGGGCUGUCUGGUAGCUUCUACGUGCCUUUGCACCUGCUGCAUACAGCUAUUGAGUAAAAAUUUGUGGUAUAAACUAUGUGAGGAGGGUUUUUGGGGUGGGGGGGUUUCUUCUACACCCACGGUGUCGUGAGACACCGCCCAGAGCUUUGGUUGCUGGUGGACGUGAUCUGAUUGCUGGUCUUGUGUCGUGUUCGUGCGUGCGGCGUUUGCUCGUCCUUGUGAGGGCCAUAAACGUCCUGCUCGUAUUUUGUAGUCUAGCGAUCGUUUGUUGGAUCAGAUUAUUGGACCAGUAAACGGGGUCACUCCAUUUGGCUUCGCGAACUGAGGGCGGUGGGGUAUGGGGGUCUCCCGUGU